AUGGUGUGUGAUCUCGGUGGCCAUGCACCACUGAAGAGUCUCAAUAUCUUACCUCAACACAUCCCUGCAUUUGACGAGACGACCAGAUCCCAUAUACGGAAACUAUUCUGGCUAUGCUACUGCUUCGAUAAAGAUGCGUCUUUGCGGACUGGCAGGCCGCCGUUACUGAGCUACGAGUACUGCGAUGUUGGGGACCCCAGCGAGCUGCGCGACCAAAAAUCAUGGUACAAGCAACCGCGAAACAUAUACCUCGCAGUCAUCAAAGAACGUGCCAACCGCUUGCUAUGUUCGCCGCGAGCUUUCCAGCAAACCGAGGGCGAACUUCUAGCGCACGUUCGACAACUCGAUGAUGAGCUCGAAGAGUGGCGACUGUCGAUUGAACCGCCGUACCGCCCACGACUGUCCAUCCCACCCGACUCAUCCCUGUCCGUGCCUUCAGCGAUGAGAGCAGAAGACAGGACGCACAUAAUCAAUCUGCAGCUGGACUACUUGUUCACCAUGAUUCACAUCCACACCAUGGUCAGGAAAUGCGGCGAUCUGGAGCAGAAUCUGCCUGAUGACUUGCACAGCGCUGUGGAGUCAAGUGCGGACCUGUCCCUCGAGGCUGGACGCUCCAUCUUCCGUUUCUUUGACACUAUCAUCGGGUUCUGGCAGCAGGAAUCCAUGUGGAUCGUGUCGCACUAUGCGCCAAUGGCAGCAAUGCCACUGUUUGUCAACAUGCUGAUUCAUCCGCUCGGUCCCCCGGCCGACAACGACUUGCAAAUUCUGGGGUCGAUUGGUGAGAUCUCCCGCAAAAUACCGACAGAUAAAUUGUCUGCCGAGGAGAUCCAGCAUAUUCAAGAGAUUGGUGACUUUAUUAUGGAGCUCAUUCGACUUUGUCACGGUGCAGCGUGGAAAGUCAAGAAGGGCGAGAGGCCUCACGACCUCGACUUGCUUGACAGCUAA